AAACACACAAGAUGGCGAUGGAUGGUAGAGGGAGGAGGUCUCGUAUCGCCAGCGGUUCGAUUUGAAGGUUUAAAAAGGAAUCUCUCGCUCUCUCCAACCUUUCCUCCUCCGUGACCGCGACGUGUUUACAUGGCGCUCGGACAGCUCUGUUGGCACUGCCUCCUGACUUGGAUUCUGACCGUGAUACUUUCGGAAGACAAAGUAGAUUCUCUGGAUUUGAGCUGCAGUGUUGGCCCUGUGCAUGUAGUACUGCAGCCUAACCAAGCUGUGGUGUUGGAUUGCAACCUACCUGCUGUUGAUCAGCCUGCCAACAUAACGUGGAAGAAAGAGGGAAUUCCUGUUGUGGAUCAAGAACAGCACCAUGUAUUUCCCAAUGGAUCACUAUACAUUUCAGAUCAACCAAGGGAGUCCAUGAAUCAAGAUGGACGCAGCAGUGAAGGCAGUUACACCUGCAUGUCCCAGAACUCAUUUGGGGCCAUAAUUAGUAGAACUGCAUUGAUCAGAUUUUCUACCUUGUCACGAUUUCAUCAGCAGCCUGAAUCACAGAUAGUGGAGGAGAGUGAAAUUGCUCGUUUUGAGUGUGGAAUUGACGGACUCCCACUUCCAAUUAUCACAUGGGAGAAGAACCAAUCAAAUAUUCCAAAUCACAUAAGAUUUAUAGUCCUCCCAAAUGGAAUUCUGCAAAUUGUAGAUGUGCAAGAGGGUGAUGCUGGGGUAUAUCGCUGCGUUGCAACAAAUGCAGUUUGGAAGCGCUACAGUCAGGAUGCUACUCUCACUGUAUUACAAGGAUUUAAAUCAAUCCCUUCAGAUGUAGUCAUUAUUGCCCACCCAAAGAAUGUGACUGUUACAGCUGGUCAGACUGCCAUCAUGGAGUGCUUAGCAUAUGCAGAUCCAACACCAUUUGUUUCUUGGAUUCGGCAGGAUGGUAAACCCAUUGCAACUGAUGUCAUUGUGAUUGGAAGGGCAAAUCUUAUGAUUGCUCAUACACAGCCGUUUCACUCUGGUGUAUAUGUCUGCCGUGCCAAUAAACCCCGGACCCGACAGUUUGUCACUGCUGCUGCUGAGUUGCGAGUGCUAGCCCCACCAAUGAUUACACAAUUUCCAGAGACAAUUUCUAGGAUUCGAGCUAGCACUGCCAGAUUUGCCUGUAAAGCUGAAGGUGAACCUACCCCUAAAAUUCGAUGGCUGAAAAAUGGAGAGGACAUCAUGUCCAAUGGACGUGUGAAGGUCCAGAACAGUGGCAGUUUAGUGAUUAAUCAGAUUGGACUGGAGGAUGCUGCUUACUACCAGUGUAUUGCGGAGAACAGACUUGGAAUGGCAUGCACGACAGCCAAACUUGCUGUGACUGUUCGAGAGGGUUUGCCCAGUGCUCCCAAAAGUGUGUCUGCCACACCUCUAUCAAGUACUGCAGUAUUGGUAUCCUGGGAGCGCCCAGAACACAACAGUGAACAAAUUAUUGGAUUCUCCCUUCACUAUCAAAAGGCAGUGGGUACAAACAAUGUUGAAUACCAGUUUGCAGUGAAUAAUGACACUACAGAGCUUCAAGUAAAAGAUUUGCAACCAAACACUAACUAUACCUUUUACGUUGUUGCUUACUCCCAACUUGGUGCCAGUAGGACCUCACACUCUGUGAUUGUGCAAACUUUGGAAGAUGUCCCAAGUACUGCUCCUCAGCUGUCCUUGUCGAUUCCUACCCUCACUGAUAUUCGGGUGACAUGGCUUCCUCUUUCUCCAGAGCUCAGUCAUGGUAAAAUAACAAAAUACCGCAUUGAUUACUGCACAUUGAAAGAAGAUCAGAUUUAUUCAAUUGAAGUUGACGGAAAUGAGACGCAAGUCAUGCUUCCUACUGUACAAUCAAAGAAAAUAUACAAAGUUCGGAUUGCAGCAAGCACCACUGUGGGAUAUGGUGCACCAUCAGAAUGGACCCAGCACCUAAUCCCUGAACGAAAUAAACUAAUUAUGGUUCCCUUUGCUCCAGCAGAAAUGAAGGUGAAGGCGAAAGUAGACUCAUUGCUGGUCACAUGGCAACCACCCUCUAACCAAGUCCAGAUCCAGGGUUACAAGCUUUAUUACAGAGAGGCAGACGUAGAUGAUUCGAACAAAGAAUUAAGUGAAUCUAAUAGAGAUGAACACUGGGCAAAAGGACCAAUACGACUUAGAAGAAAAGUGAAGCAAUAUGAGAUUACUGGAUUAGUUUCAGACACACUUUAUGAAAUUAAGUUGAUUGCAUUCAACAAACAAGAUGAUGGAUAUGCAGCGGUAUGGAAAGGGAAAACCGAGAAAGCACCUGCCUUAACCUUGGAUCUCCCAGUGAUGCUACCACCUCCAACCCAACUAUGGGCAGAAUCCAAUAGUUCCAGAGCAAUUUGGUUACACUGGACUCGGCCACCGUUCACUACAGUUCGAAUUGCAAAUUAUACUGUGCGUUGCAGUCCUUUGGGGCUCAAGAAUGCUUCUCUUGUCACUUACUUCACUAGCUCUGAAGAAGAGAUUUUUAUCACUAGCCUAAAGCCAUACACCAGGUAUGAAUUUGCAGUCCAGUCCCAUGGAAUUGGUGUUGAUGGACCUUUCAGUGGCAUUGUGGAGGGGUUCACCUUGUCUGACAAACCUUCAACUCCUCCAUCCGACAUGAAGUUGAAUCCAAUUAAUGCUUACUCAGUCAGAGUUCGAUGGCUGCCUCCAACCGAACCAAAUGGCAUUAUAGUUGAAUACAUUAUUUUGUAUAAUGCAAACUACACACAACCUGAUGACCUAUGGAAUUCACUAUCCAAGGAAGGGCACAUUUUCAGCACUGAUGUGCAGGGACUAGAGAGUGAUACUCGCUACUUCUUCAAGAUGGGUGCAAAGACAGUUGUAGGAACAGGACCAUACUCCACAACAAAAGAUGUGCAAACCCUGUCUAAACAAAUAUUAGGGCUGCAUGAUCUUCUUGAUAUACAUUCAGUGACGGGCAUCAUUGUGGGUGUCUGCCUCGGACUGCUUUGCAUUCUCUUUUGUAUCUGUGCUAGUUUCUGCAACAACAAACGGAGAGAAGGUUCCUCGGGUCCCGAUUCCCACCUGACCACUGAACAUGCUCACUACCGCAGGGCAAGGAAAGCUUCUUCAACUCUCAAUAUUUCCCAUCCUCAUGCACAUGAGCUGGAAACACUAAUGUCUGCUCCGUCUGAAGAUCUGUCCCUGUCUACCAAGUUAACUGAACUCACUGAGGUGCAAAUAUUUAUGGAUACCCGUCUUCCAGAUGAUGGCAUUCAGCUAAAAUUAAAGAGUGCUUGGAAUGGCUCUAUUCAUCACAAGUGGGCAAAUGAUGCAAUUUGCUAUAGCAGUGCAAUUCUGCCAGAUUCAACCUGCAAGACGAAUGAACCACUGAGGCUUAACCCUGGUACCAGUGAAGAUGAUCUACAUGGAAACUUUGUUUUUGACAAUAUUCUGGGUACAGCAAGGAAGGAACACCUGCCUUCAGGUUUGAAUCGUGUUGAAGCUGAGGUUAUUGUUCAUUCUGAAUUAUCAGCAUCAGAAAGAAACUCCACUUGUGAGGACCAAGAUUGGCAGAGUAAGGAAGAUCUUCAGAUUAAGUCCAUUUCUGCUUCAUCCACAGAAGAUCUUCACAGUGAGUAUAUUCCUAUGUUAUCUGCUGAAGACUGGAAGGGAAAGCAAAACCUUGAGGGUGAGUGUACUGCUGUUGUACCAGUUGAAGAUUGGAAUGAAGAUCUUCAAAGCAAGUGUACGCUUGCUUUGCCUGCUAAAGAGAGUCAGUCUCUUGAGAUUUGCAAGAAUUCUUUGUCUGCUGUUGCAGACGAAGUGAUGGAUUGCAUUGAUGCAGAAAAGCACAGGGAUGCCACUGAGCCACAGGACAACUCAUUGUUGCAUUCUAAAACUAAAAGUAGCAAGAUGAAGACAUCUGAAUCCCAUGGGCUUACUAAUGGUUUUCAGAGCAUUGAGGGUUGGAAAAGCUCAGUUAAUGGUUUCACUUUAAAAAACAGAAACUCAGAAUCAUCAUGCCUGAAAAACACAGAAACUUUCCCUGCUAGAUGCCAGCCUUUGCUCACAGGUGAGGAUGUUGCUGCUCAUCAUUUCAUUGCCUCUAGUAUCACUACUACCUCAGCAUCUGAGAAAGACUUGUGCCCAUAAUCAUUAGCACACUACUGACUUUCACAAAUACUGCGGUUUACCCUGCAACUGCACACUCUACGAGUGCCUAUUACCACAUCUACCAAGGAUUCUUGCACACCUCAAUAAAGAGCCUGAGAUCAGUUACCAGGCCUCUGUAUCUAGUAUUUUAGGAACAUGCUCCUCUGUGAUGGAAUGACCUUGUUUUGCUGAGAACUCCCUCUUAUUUAAUAUUAUAAAGUGAAACUGUGUGUUUUAGAGUAGCAUUUAUAAUACUCUCACCUUUCUCCAAUACAACAGAACUACCUCAUAUCUGUUAAAAUAUUGAGUGUAUUGUACUCCAUUAGUUUUGUAGCUUGUUUUUAUAGUUAUUUUAUUUUUAUUACCUUUGCACAGGUUUCAAAAUGACCUCUUCCGUAUUCCAAUUGGAAUUACUUAAACAACCAGUGCUUGAUGAAACACUGAAACAAAACUAAAUUUAAGAAACAGAUGCACAUGCACCUUUUCAGCCAUGCCUCCAUGGUAUAUGUAAAACCCAAAAUGAAUCAGAUGUCAUAGACGUUGGGUAAUUCUGAGAAAGAUUUUAGAUACACACAUGAUGAAUGUGAAAUAUAUUUUUUUCCCAAAAUAGCGUGCCAAAUUGCAAUUAAUGCUGGUGUUUCAUCAUUCUGGUGAAUUUGGCUUGAAAAUGUGUUUGUAUCCUGUGGGGUCUACAUUGUAUCCGACGAGUCUGUAAUGCAUGCACUGGGAAUUUCCUGUGAUUUUCUGCCAAUCAGCUGCCAAAGGUUCAGCAGAAACUCCAGGAAAAGAGCAGCAAAUAGGGUUUCCACUGCAGUGUUCUAUUGGGAAAACUCCCAAAUUCCUGGUGAUAUUCUCUAUUUAAUUUAUAAAUGGUUUUAAAAAAAAAAGUUUCUGCAGGAAGAGUGAUGGGGGAGAAAAUACUUUGGAUGAUACUUGUUUAAAUCUGAAGCUUAAGCCUUAAUUUGAACCCACCACCAUCCCUUACCUGCAAAAUGAAAAUUAAGCCUUAUUCAGAGCCCGACGCCACACCUUAACAUGAAAUUUAAAGCAAUUCUCUACCACUGCAAAACACAUUUC